CUUUAUUUGGAUCUGACAUUGAUCUGGCACUCACAGGCUUCCGUAUCAGUUAUUGAUCGUUUACAGAUUAGAUGUUGCUGCUUUCUCCCUGUCGCCAUGGCAACACCGGGAUAUUUACUCCGACAUGCCUGACUGUCGCAAACAGAACUCAUGAUGGAGCCGCUUCCCGCUGCAGAUUCCUGCAGUCAGAGCUCAGCCUGGACCGAGCAGCGUCCUGCAGAACCGGAUCGACUGCUGCUGCUGCUGCUGCUGCUCGGUACCGGAGCUGCAGAUACUGUAGAGCCCAACUGUGUUUUACAGUCUGUCUGCAUUGCGUCGAAACCCCCUCCUCCCUCCCUCUCUCUCUCUCUCUCUCUCUCUCUCUCUCUCUCCCUCUCUCUCUCUCUCCUAACCCCUCCUUCACUCACUUCUCCUUUUUCCUCUCCAUGAUAUCCCGCAAUAUGCUUCCAAAUGAGCGGACCCGCAUCCUCAGUGCGGUGCGCCAAAGUGCGGGAUCGUGACCGGCUCUUGCUUCGAGCCCUCCGCGUGUCUUUCAGCUGUUUUUGUACCGCAUAGAGAAACCCCGCACAGCCCCGCACAGCCCCGCACCGCGUGUUCGUGCUGAUGCUGCAGUGUGUCCCUCUCUCCAUCAGACCGGGACCGGGAUCCAGCGUUCAGGGUCCGUCUCUCCAGCAGCCUGCGUUCUUGUCCAGCAUGCUUUUCACAGAUUGUCAGUCCGGAUCUUUGCUGCUGAGCCUCGGUCCAAAGCCUGAAGCCUCCUCCUCCUCCUCCUCCUCCUCCUCCUCCUCCUCCUGCUGCGGGCUGCUCCGAUCGACGCUGCAAACCUACACCAAGAGGAUACGGAUGUUAACCAAGACAACAUAGUGUAUUCAUUUUUCAGAGAUACUGUCAGAGAGAUCUGCAUUGAAGCUUCAGCUGCUGGUCUGGACCCGGCUCAGGUGGAGCAGAUGAAGCUUUGCUUCAGCUCGGAGACGACGACAGUGAUGCUGGUGUUGGACCGGGAAACUCUGCAUAGCUGCCGGCCUCAGUAGAGGCUUCAUCUCUUCGACCUGCUGCUCCUCACCUUCACACCGCUUCCUCCUCCUGUCCUCCACCCGCCAGGAAGGAUGACUGUGGUGUCCACAGAGAACAUGGAUGAAACCUCCACCCUGCCGGGACACCCGCAGGACCCCUACCCACCUGACGACGACCAUGACGACCAUGACUGUUGUGAGCGGGUGGUAAUCAACAUCUCGGGGCUGCGCUUCGAGACCCAACUGAAGACUCUGGCUCAGUUCCCGGAGACUCUCCUCGGUAACCCCAAGAAGAGGAUGCGCUACUUCGACCCCUUACGAAACGAGUACUUCUUCGACCGGAACCGCCCGAGUUUUGACGCCAUCUUGUAUUAUUACCAGUCCGGUGGAAGGCUAAGAAGACCGGUCAACGUGCCCCUGGAUAUGUUCUCAGAGGAGAUUAAGUUUUACGAACUUGGCGUGGAGGCCAUGGAGAAGUUUCGAGAGGACGAAGGAUUUAUCCGCGAGGAGGAGCGUCCACUGCCGGAGAAGGAGUUCCAGCGUCAGAUCUGGCUCCUCUUUGAACAUCCGGAGAGCUCGGGGCCCGCCCGGGGGAUCGCCAUCGUCUCAGUGAUGGUUAUUCUUAUUUCAAUAGUCAUAUUUUGUUUGGAGACUUUACCAGAACUGAAGGAGGACCCCAGUCAGCGGUUUCAAACGGUGGGAAACAUCACCGUGUAUUACAAACCCAAUGUCCUCACGGAUCCCUUCUUUGUGGUGGAGACGCUCUGCAUCAUCUGGUUCUCCUUUGAGUUGAUAGUCCGGUUUUUCGCUUGUCCCAGCAAGGCGGCGUUCUUUAAAAACAUGAUGAACUCUAUCGAUAUCGUGGCUAUCAUCCCGUACUUCAUCACGCUCGGAACGGAGCUGGCCGACGACCAAGACAACAAGGAGGGGAAGGGAGGAGGCGAACAGGCCACGUCUCUGGCUAUUCUCAGGGUAAUCCGCCUGGUGAGGGUGUUCCGGAUCUUUAAACUGUCCCGACAUUCAAAGGGGCUCCAGAUUUUGGGGCAAACUCUAAAGGCGAGCAUGCGGGAGCUGGGCCUGCUCAUCUUCUUCCUCUUCAUCGGCGUGAUUUUGUUCUCCAGCGCCGUCUACUUCGCCGAGGCCGAGGAGAAGGAGUCGUUCUUCACCAGCAUCCCGGAUGCUUUCUGGUGGGCUGUGGUGUCCAUGACGACGGUCGGCUAUGGGGACAUGUACCCCGUGACCAUCGGAGGGAAGAUCGUGGGCUCCCUGUGCGCCAUCGCCGGAGUGUUGACCAUCGCCCUCCCGGUUCCCGUCAUCGUUUCCAAUUUCAACUACUUCUACCACCGAGAGACGGAGGGGGAGGAGCAGGCCCAGCUGCUCAACGUCAGCAACCAGAACUUGGCGUCGGACACCAACUCGAGCCGCCGCAGCUCCUCGGUGGUCAGCAAGUCGGAGUACAUGGAGAUAGACGAGGACAUGAACAACAGCAUCGAUAACUUUAGGGAAGCAAACCUUAGGACUGCCAACUGCACGGCGCCGAGCCAGAACUGCGUGAAUAAGGGGAAGCUGCUGACCGACGUGUGAGGCGGCGGCGCCGGCGUCCGACACACUGCUGUAAAUAUUGUAGAAAUAUCUGGAUGCUUUAUCUCCAUUGGUGCAUUUUAUUCUUCUUUUGCAUUGAUUCAUUCAAACGUGUGAAUACUCAGAGUUUAACGGCACACAUGGUCAGUUUCUAAAAAACGGUAGUCUCAGUUAUUUCACGAGUUGUUUGGCAAUAGUUCAAAGAUCAGCAGCUGUCGGGGAACGUUGGAUAAAUUCUUUUUACAGUUUGUGCCGUUGAAUUACUUCAUUCCCUCAAACUGACGGGGAAUCCAUCACUCCUCCGAGUCUUAGAAACAAGCCCGAUCUUGGUUUUCGCGCUGCAGUUUGACUGAUGUGGAUGUCUGAUAAAACAUCCGCUGAGUUCAGCAUCACGGGAGAUUUAAGGUGCUGGAGCUCAGAACAGUCAGGAUAUCUCAACAAAGAGUCCGACAAAGGCAUUUCGUAGUUAUCUUCAGGUCGCAUUAUUUGAAACGUAGGAAGGGUCUGCUGGGUCUUUUGGUACAGGAGUGCAGUAAACUGAUGGAGUUAAUGCAGAUCAGUUUAUGAUGAACGUCACUUGUUCUGGAUUCUUCCACAAAGGACAGAAAAAAGGCAUCAACAUGAAAACGUGAGCAGACUUCCUGAUAUAAAACCUCGUUUAUUGAGAGUUUGAGGGAAUCAUUUGUAAUUUGAUGGCACAUUUUAUUUGUCAGAAGAAUUUAUUCACAAACCUCCCGACACCGACCGGGCUUUGUGCAACAGACUCUAAAUUAUAUUAAAAAAAGGAAAAAUCAAAGCCCAGCUGAGGACGGCGCCUCUCGGUGGAUUACAAGCUGAAGUUCAGGCGUGUUUUUUUUCCAGGGACAUUUUUGGAAAAGUCGACGCUCGAUGAUCGACUUCUUUCAGGCACCUUAUCAGAAACUAACAGGAAGUGUGCCGAGCCUUGUGAGGGAUUAUCUGCACCGCUGCUGCUGCUACAGGUCGGCUGGAGGUUCCCUGUAUGAUGCCAUGCAACACUCCUUUAUAUAGAAGCAUGUGGAGACGCUCUUCUCUCUUAUAUCGGCAUGCACAAGACGUUACCUCAUUUUUAUUUUUUACAUUUCUUCUUUGAGCCUCAUCUCCUCCUGGAAUCGCAGUUUUUUCUCAUUUGUUUUCACCAAAAGUGCACUGGCUAUUUAUUCUGAUUUCAGUUCUUUUCAAGCAUUUAGUGUUGAAUGUUUAAAAGCAUUAAAGGGAACAGGAACACUUCUUUUUUCGAAGAUCAUGGCAUGUCAAAAAUACUAAAGCAUUAUGGCCUAAUUAGCUAUGGUAUAGCUACGUAUACUCAAUGCAUGACUACAGUAUUAAAUCGCUUGCAGUUGGAGGGACCUGGGAGCUGGAGGAGGAUGGAGAUGCGGUGCAUGACGGAGCUCACGCUGCUGAUGGGGACAAAUCUGCUGAAAAAAACAAAAAACACAAAAACAAGGAACAAAAAAAAGCAGAAGAGACAUAUCGGAUGAUCUCUUUAAAAAAAAAGACAUUUCUGAAGUUACAUCGUCCUUUUUGUUUCUUUAACGCGUUGACGAUGGAUGCAUGGAAUCAUUUUAUGUGAUUUGUGACCCCAUUUUUUAUUUUUCUUGCGUUUGACUUUAAAAACCAACAAAAAAAAACACAGAAGGAAAGCAGUAAUAUUAAACAAAUUUCAUAGAUCUAUCUAAAAUUAGUUUCUAGUGCCUUGAACCCCGUCUCAUUCUAGAAUUGACUAAAGUGCCUCCCGUUACAAUAGAAAAGAGCUUACUAUGUGCAGCUUAUCUCUGCCAUACAGAUGCACUACUCUCCCUGCACAGCUGGAAAACAGCAGCGGUACAGACGGAAACGUUUCCAUACAGAUACUGGAGGAUAUAUUAUAUAUUCCUGACUGUGGGCAGAUCCGUCCUGGUUGAUGACACACGGUUAGCAAAGACAGAAAUGUCGGUGCUUUGCAUGGACAGAAGGACACAGCUCAUCAGACUGAACAACUCUGCAUUCAUUUGUAAGGGGGCUAACUCUGCUGUGAUUUGGCCUGAUAUAUUCAAAAGGUUUAUUCACAGACUUCAUGUUCAAAGUGUCAGCCAGGCCACGUGAUGAAGAAGCUCAUAGUUUGUACAGAUGAAGAUAAUCAUAGAGAUACAUGCAGACAGAGCCGGGGCCAGUUUUCUAAUGCAGUGAGUUUACAGCAGGGUGAAGUAUUGUGUGUUCACGGUGAUGACGGGAUGAAGAUCAGACAGUUUGACCUCAGGUUUAAACUCUGCACGAGCUCAGUGUUUAAACGUUUCAGAGAUCUGCCUCAUGAUCAGCAGCUCUUCAGCUUUUCUCUCUUUCUACCAACUGCCACCGCCAAAGGCGCCCGCUGACCGCCAACCCGCUGACCGGCGUCCUCUGGCUGCACCAAACACUGCCGCUCUGAUUCCCGGGACCAAAGAGGAAAAAAA